AUGAAUGUCUCACCAUCACGUAUUGGUCAAACUGGUUGGGUAUUUGAAUUUGAUCGUGUGACGUUUUUUAUAACAACAUUUACACCGCAUUAUCCUGAAACACAUCCACGUUAUGCUCAUGGUUCAAAAAAUUAUUGUCAUAUUCUUUUUCAACCCGAACUAUCAUUUCUUCGACAUAAUUUACCUGAUGAUACACCGGAAACAAAUUGGACAGAACCAAUAACAAGUCGAGAUAAAAUUCGUGUCGCCUUUCGAGAACAUGGGAGAGAAUAUCCAAUAAGACCGACUAUUUAUUAUCCACCAUCUCAUGAUAUGAUUAGACCAUUGAGUAAUGACUUAGAGGAUAUUAUUGAAUGGUGGCUUUGA